AUGAUCAGCCUUCAGACUAAGUUUUGGAAUAUUAAUCGAAUACUUUUGCUCGCGAUUGGAUUAUGGCCUUAUCAGCAAUCAAAACUCGUUAAUAUUCAGAUAAUGUUGUAUUAUAGUCUUUUAAUAAGUGCAAUAAUAUUUCAGUUUACAUCAUUCUUGACUACAGAAUGCACUUUUGAUCUAGUCGUCAAAAUUCUAUCACUGACAUUAUUUUGCUCUGUAUAUUUGAUUGUUUACAACAUGUUUUGUAUUAACAACCAAAAUAUACGCUAUAUAUUGGACGAAUUUCAAUUUAUUUAUAAUACGAUGAAGGAUGAGAAUGAAAUCGUUAUUAUAGAAAAAUAUGGAUACUACGCAAAACGUUUUACGAUUUGCUUUAUAGUGAUUGCUAUAUGCUGCGCAUUUAUGAGUCUUACGCAGUCAUGGUUGCCAGAUAUUCUCAACGUUUUUUUUCUCAUAAAUAUUUCUCGAUCAAAUCCCUUAAUGUACACUAAAACUGAAUACUUUGUUGAUCAAGAAAAAUAUUCUCAUUUAAUUACGCUGCACAUAUACGUAUUUAUUUGUGUAGCAUCGCUCGUCGUGUUAGCGAUUGGAACUUUAAUCGUAGUAUGUAUUAAAUAUAUCUGCGGAAUGUUUACAAUCGCCAGUUAUCGUAUCGAGCGGGCAAUAGAAAUUUAUACUCCACAAAGUAUUGAUGUGAAGAACGAAAUUAUAGUCUAUAAUAAAAUAAUUUACGCUGUGGACAUUCAUCGCAAAGCUUUGACGAUCACCAAAUAUAUUUGUUUUAAGUUGGAAGAUUCGAUUUUGUGUAUAAUAAUUAUCAGUGUGAUUUCCUUAAGUCUCAAUCUUUUUCGGAUUUUUCAGAUUAUAUCGUUUGAUGCCAAUAUCGAGGAGCUGAUGAUACACUCCGUAAUUGUAUGCGUCAUUUUCAUAUACAUAUUCGUAAUCAGUUAUUUUAUGCAGGAAAUUUUAGAUCACAAUAAUGAAAUGUUCGUAAACGUAUACAACACCCGGUGGUAUAGAACUCCUUUAUAUAUACAGAAAAUGAUAUUGUUUCUGUUGCAAAAAGGCACAACAGCUUUAAAUAUCAAGUUUGGUGGAUUUUUCGUGGCAUGUUUAGGAAGUUCCUCCACGUUGAUAAGCACCUCCCUGUCUUAUUUCACCGUGCUUUAUUCUAUACAACACUGUUAUCGUAUCGAGCAAGCGAUAAAACCCAUGGACGUAAUUAAUCUUAGCUCAAGAAACGUAGUUUUAAUUUACAAGGCGAUAAUUUAUGCUGUGGAUAUUCAUCGUAAAGCUAUCGAGUUGAUGCAUUUCGUUCUCCGCGGAAACAUGAUCUCUUAUGAGGCGCGAUAUUUCAAACUGAAUCGAAUCUUACUGCUCUCAAUUGGCUUGUGGCCGUACCAGCAACCGAAAAAUGCUCGAUUUCAAGUUUUUAUACUAUUUGGUAUCUUUAUGUAUAGCACUCAAUAUCAACUUCGAAUUCUUGUGUCUGAAAAGUUGACAUUUAAUUUUAUGGUUAACAUUUUCUCUCUUGCACUGUGCCAUAUUAUCGGCGGAAUUCAAUAUAUUUCGUUUUGGAUCAACAUGAAAACUGUGAGAUGGUUAUUGGACUAUCUGAAGUAUAUAUGUAACGAACUAAAAGAUGACAAUGAAAUCGCUAUUAUAGAAAGUUACGGGCGCAUUAUGCAACGUUAUACAAUUGUCCUUACAUCGUUUGCGAUGAUCUGGAUAUUUAUUAUUACCGCCGAGUCGAUUUUGGGACAGAAUGUUGAUGUUUCUUUGCUUGUGAACGAGUCUCAAUCACAUCGUGCAUCGAUGUUAAUAACUGAUUUUGCCAAUCGAAAAAAAGAUAUAUGUUUAAUUUUGCACACGAAUAUACUCAUUUAUAUAGAGCUGAUCGUAACGGUAGCAACCGGUAGUAUGCUCAUAGGAUAUCUCCAAUAUAGCUGCGGAAUGUUUAGUAUCGCUUGUUAUCGUAUCCAGCAAGCGAUAAGUAUUGAUCAGGAAAAUCAAACAAAUAUCAAUCCGAAAAGAGAAAUUAUCAUUUCUAAAGGGAUUAUUUAUGCCGUGGACAUUCAUCGCAAAGCUAUAGAGUACUGCAAGUUUCUAAUAACCAAAUUUGAGGGAACGUUCUUCCUCAUGAUAGUAUUUGGCGUAACUUCGUUGAGCCUCAAUAUUUAUCGCCUUUUGCAGGUUAUAUCGUUUGGAGAAAAUAUUAGGGAAUUGUUAAUACAUAUAACAUGUAUGGAAACCAUUAUUUUGUAUAUGUUUUUAUCAAAUUAUAUCGGACAACAAGUCACGGAUCACUACAACAAUAUAUUUUUCAACGCAUACAAUGUUCAAUGGUAUAUGACGCCCUUAUCUAUACAGAGACUGAUAGUGCUGCUACUACAAAGGAGUAACAAAAAUUUCACCUUGAAUAUUGGUAGAUUGUUUUCAGCAUCUUUAGAAUGUUUUGCUACGUUGUCGAGUGCGUCGAUGUCUUACUUUACUGUUAUGUAUUCUAUGCAGCAACGGGAUUAAGAUUUAAAUAAUAGCAGAAAAUAGAAAAGAGAAGUAAGAUCAAAGUAAAAGAUUAAAGUUUAAAAAGUAAAGACUAAAGUAGUUACUGGCGUAAGUAGUUAGUAUCACUGACCUUUGACAUAAUUGGUCCUUAACAUCGUAGAAGCAAGGAGACUCGUUAGAUUAGAUUCGUU